CGAAUCACAGGCUGCCCGUUGUUGGCAUACACGCAGGAAAGAUAGAGCACACUGUGCGGGGUGGCUCUCGCCGACUGACACACGCAACGAACGACCGGGCCCGCUGAGCGCAGGAUUUGCAAACGUCGCACCUGAUGGGGCCGCAGGCCUUAGAAUGAGGAAGAAUGAGUGAAGGCGCCAGCCAGAGCGCCGAGACCUUGGCACCGCACGGCGGGGGCUUUUACCAGGGCCUUCCGCCGUCCUACAAGGACGAGUUCGGCGGCGGGGUGUCGGACGCGUCGGUGGCGGCGGCGGACGCGAGGUCUGGCCUGCCGCCGUUCAGCUCGAUCGACGGCCUGUACAGGAUGGAGGGCUUCGGCACCGAGAACCGCCUGUUCGACCCCAACACGUGGGACUACUACAGCGAGGGGCUGUCCGGGCGGCUGCUGGACCGCAACCAGCUGACCGGCGAGGCCAUCAUCACGCCGUCGUCGAUCCUGCACCACGCGUCGACGCACCCCAGCUACCGGCCGUGGGAGAGCAAGCUGGGCGGCGCCCCCGACCCCGAGCUGCUCAAGGCCCACGCGGCGGCCGCGAGUGGCUUAGCAGAUGCCUUCAGCAGCUCCAAGCUGCCGUCCUUCCAGUCUCAGUUCACGACAGCGGCCUUCAACGAGCCGGUGACCAACAACGGCGGCGCCACCGUGGUGCCGGCCGACGCGGCGCCCGGCCUGCCGAGCUUCCACACGCUGACGCCGGCGACGACGGUGGUGGUGGCGCCGCCGCCGCCACCCAGAGGCUACCCUCUGGUGCCGGCGCCGGUGCAGGCGCGCGAGAUUCCGCAGAUCCAGCAGCAGAUGAUGGACGAGCGGCACAUCCAGUUGUUCCACAGCCAGCCGGGCUUCCAGCCCAACCAGUUCCCGCCGCCGCCGCCGCACCACCAUCCGGUCCAGCCGCACCCGCACAUUCCCGCCGCCUACCACCUCAAGCCGCUCGACGACCUGAAGCAGCAGCAGCAGCAACAACAACAACAACAACAAUACCCGCCCAUGGACAAGGUGAUGGCCCCGACGCCCGAGAUGGCCAUGGGGCAGCUCAAGUUUCCGGGCAUGGCGGCCGGCCAGCAGGAGGGCAUGCCGCCGGCGCGCAUGGACUCGCGCAAGAAGGAGCGACGGAAAGCACGCGUGUCCUCGCUGGACAGUUCCGCCGACAGCGACAUCGCCAACGCGGAGGGCUCGGGCCAGGUGGCCGCCGUCUCGAGCACCGGCUCCAGCGUGGACAUGGACGACGGCUUCCGCCGGCCGCAGCAGGCCUCCUCGUCCGACAACGAGAUGGGCGGCUCGGACAAGCCAGUCAAGAAGAAACGAAAGCGGUGUGGUGAAUGUAUCGGUUGCCAGCGCAAGGACAAUUGCGGCGAGUGCGCCCCCUGCAGAAACGAAAAGAGUCACCAGAUCUGCAAGCAGCGCCGCUGCGAAAAGCUCACGGAAAAGAAGGGGCUGUUCGGUGGAUUCAGCAAGAGCAGGAGUGAGAGCAAACGCGGCAAAAGCGGACGCGGACGUGGAAGUGGCUACCGCAACAGAGGUGGAAGAGGAGGAUCUUCUACCAACAGCCAUUCGUCGAGUUCGUCUUCAGCCAAUGCAGCACAUGAGAACAUGAUGGCCGGAAUCAAUAGUGCAGCCACUGGAGGAGAAACAUCAAGCAAGAUGGACAGUCGUUCUCGCCCCAAUGUCGGACCGACCGCAGGCUCGGGAGCAGCACCAGGCCAAGCGGCGCCACCGCCAAUGGUACCUGGAGUGAUGCCACCUUUCUACGGCAACCCCCCUGCCGACCCUGGAUUCCUUCCCGGCAGGGACAGAUUCCCCGCGGCAAUGUGGCCGCAGCAGCAGCCCGGCGCGGAAAACGCGCCCGGCUGGGGCUCGCCGCACUUCCAGCCGUCGCCGCAGAUGCAGCCGCACAUGGACUUCCAGCAGCCCGGCCUGUACCAAACGUACCAAACGGCGGCGUACGCGCCGCCCUUUGACUACCCGCAGGACCAGCGAUCGGGCUACGGAGUGCAGCAGCCGCAACAGCAGCAGCAGCAGCAGUUCGCGCCGAGGCCGCCCAGCUCGCCGGCCAGGUUCCCGCAGCAGACCCACACGCCGCAGCCGUCGCCCAACAACCCCACGGUCAACGGCGGCAUCAACGGACGUGCCAUGAGCAACGGCCAGUACCUGGAAGGCUCGCCGAGCAGCGCCGGCAGCGGCCAGUACGUCAACGGCACCGGCUACCAGCAGCAGGAGGGCAACAUGACCCCCGGGGGCGCGCCGAGCGCCUCGCCCGCCCCGCCGGGCAGGAACAGCAGCGCCGGCAGCGUCUACGAAGAAAGCUCGCAGGCCUCCAAGACGGCCAACGGACCGGGCAACAACAACACCUUCUCGGCCACCACCCAAAACGCGCCUACCGGUCACCCAAACGAGCAUCCUGGGUAUCCACUUCACCUUCCCCAGCUGAGUUCACAGAACUCUAGUGGAUACUCAGGUUCCAGCACCUCGGUAACUGGGGAACAGCAGCAACAACAACAGCAGCAGCAGCAGCAGCAGCAGCAACAACAGCAGCAGCAGCAGCAGCAACAACAACAGCAACAGCAACAGGCCGACAACAACUGGUCUAGAAGCGGCAACUCGACCUCUGCUGGCAGCGAGCAAAAGGGCAACGCCAGCGGCUGGGCCAGGGAGUCCCAGCGUCAGCCGGAACGAACUCCGCCACCCCCGUCUGACAGGGGAGGGACAGGGUUCAGGAACGGCAACGGCGAGGAGGAGCAGCAGAGCAAGCUGAAAAAGCACUAUUUCAACCAGCACUACCAGCAGUACAGCAUGGAACACUUCGGUCGCGAGAACGGCCAACCACCUCCAGAAACAGGGCCUAAUUUUUUAGUCCAAGGCCACCCUCAGACUUCAUUGUCUGAGGGUGGUCAGUUUUGGGAUUGGGCAGAGGGCGCUAGAAUGCAGCAGUUCGGCCAGGAGGUGCCGAGCGACGUGAAGGACUACAUCCCGAACAGGCAGAAACAGAGUUGGAGUGAUGAAGAGCAACGCAAUUUCAAGAAGCCGUCGGAGGGCAAGCAGAAGCAGACAGAGCCUGCCCCUCAACCACCGGUCAAUUUUUCAGAAUACUACAGCAAGCCAGAUCAAAAUGUCACCAUCAAGCAGGAGAGCAGCUAUCCGUUCAGCGAAAACAGCCAGCAGGAUCCUAGUUGCGAGGAGGAGGAGAAGAAGGAGGUGAAAAAGGAGCGGAUGGACGUGGCCGCCUACCUCGACCAGCAGAAGGCGGCCGAGAGGAACCGCCGGUGGUCGCCCACUCCGCCGCCCGUCCCGCAGCCACCCCCUGAAGACUACAAGACCAGUCAGACGUCCAAAGAGUACCAAGAACACAUGGAGAGACUCAAGAACAACAUCAAGGCGGAAGUUCCCGAGUGCAGCUGCUUCCCACCUGACAAAUCAAGCCCGCCAGAGCCUGGUUCAUUCUACACUCACCUGGGGACAGCAGCCAGUUUAGAAGACCUGAGGAAAGACAUGGAGACGAGAAUCGGCAUUGCGGGCAAGGAGCUUCGGAUCGAGAAAGUGUGCUACACCGGCAAGGAGGGGAAAACUCAACAAGGAUGCCCCCUUGCUAAAUGGGUGAUACGAAGGAGCAGCUUAGAGGAAAAAGUGUUAGCAGUUGUGAAGCACCGGCAGGGCCACAAAUGCCCGACCGCGUGGAUCGUGAUCUGCAUAGUUGCGUGGGACGGAGUGCCGUCCAACGAAGCCGCCAGACUCUACAACCUGCUCGUAGAAAAGCUAAACCGAUUUGGACUUCCAACGACGCGCAGGUGCGCCACAAACGAGCCGAGGACGUGCGCCUGCCAAGGACUGGACCCUGACACCUGUGGCGCUUCUUUCUCCUUUGGCUGCUCUUGGAGCAUGUACUACAAUGGCUGCAAGUACGCCAGGUCAAAAACCGUGAGGAAAUUCAGACUGUCAGUGAGAACAGAGGAGCAAGAAAUCGAGGAACGGAUGCACGUUCUCUCCACCCUGAUUGCUCCUCUGUACAAGACCAUCGCCCCAGAGGCGUUUGCCAACCAAACCCAGUUCGAGAGGGAAGCGUCAGAGUGCAGAUUAGGCUUCAAACCUGGCAGGCCGUUUUCUGGCGUCACCGCAUGUCUCGAUUUCUGUGCUCACAGUCAUAGGGACUUGCACAACAUGAACAAUGGCUGCACAGUGGUCGUGAGUUUGAAUCGGCACAGAAACCUGAGCAAGCCAGAUGACGAGCAGUUGCACGUCCUGCCUCUUUAUGUCAUGGAUGACACCGACGAAUUUGGUAGCAAAGAAGGACAACAGGAAAAGAUCAAGUCUGGAGCCAUUGAAAAUCUUACCAAGUUCACGUGCGAAGUUCGCGUGCGGUCUGUGCCACUGCAGCCUUGUCGAAGACACGGCAAAAAGAGGAAAGAGGACGAGCCAGACGCGGUGAUAGGCAAGCUGCACAAAGACGCGGCCAGAGGCCCUGGGGUGCACAUUGACGUAGGUCUGUUGGACAGCAUGGACGCCGCUCAACUUCAAAAUCCCCAGGUGUCCUCGACGGUGCUCGACAGUCCGGUGUCCAUGUACCAGGGCUGGGGACAGGAGGGAUACCACCACGACCCCUACUGGAGCCGUGGCUGGAACGGAGAGUGCAAAAAUGCCAACUGGUGGGGCGAUCCCCUCACCGAGAUGAAGGUGGACGCGGACAGCACCACCGGGCUGAUGCGCUACGCCGCUCAGUACAGCCCAAGCAACCCGUCGCCGUGUCCGUCCACGCCUCAGUCCGCGGCCAGCCCCUUCGUCUUUCCACCCUCCUCCUGGCAGCAGCAGCAACCGCAGCAACAGCAGCCGCUGCAGCAGCAACAACAGAGCUUCCAGCAGGCUGCCACGCCCACCAGCAUGGCCUGGCAAAACGAGAUCACGCCGAAGAAGAGCUCGGUGGAGGACGAGUCGGCCCGAUCGCCUUACCUGCCGCCGUCAACGCCUCCGACGGCCAACUUCGCCACGCCGACCAACCCGCCGAGCGAGUGCAGCAAGCGGCCGCCGAGCGCCUCCUGGGACUACACCUCACCCCCGGCCACCCCGCAGACGCCGGCCUCGCCGUUCAGGGUGCCGAAGGCGCGCCCGCCGUCCCGCACGCACAGCAACACCUCGGCCGCCUCCACCGAGUCGACGCCGUCGGCGCCGUCCUACUGCAAAGGAUUCCUCAAGCCCUUCCCGCCGGAGAGCAGGGGUGGAGGGGUUUCCAACCCCUCUGGCUGGGCAACCGGUGGUGCCGAGGACUGGCCCGGCAAGUCGGAGCCGAGCCACUCCGCGUGGCCGGAUGCGCACGCGAGCCAAAACUACCCUUCGAGCUACGGGGCGGGGCCGAGCGCCGCCAACCCUUUCGCCUACGGCUACGGAAACUCGUUCAUGCCGAAUCUGGGGUGGAACGAGCCCAGCGGCUACUACUGCCACCCGCAGCAGCUGAUGGGCUCGUCGCACUUCAUGUACCAGCCGUUCUACGCGCCGCCGCACCACCCCUUCUUCCCGAUGCACGCCGAGCCGGCGAUGCCGCGCUCCGAGCCGAUCGGCAAAGUCACCGAAAUCUGUGAUAACGAGGAGUGCUUCAAGGACGGACAGAUGGGUGGCGUGGCGAUCGCGCUCGGCCACGGCUCGGUGCUGUUCGAGUGCGCCAAGCAGGAGCUGCACAGCACGACGGCGCUGCGCAGGCCGAACCGGCUGCGGCCGUCGCGCAUCUCGCUCGUCUUCUACCAGCACCGCAACCUCAACAGGGCCAGGCACGGCUGGGACGAGUGGGAGGAGAAGAUGCGGCUGCGCAAGCUGGGCAUCACCGCGCCCAACGGCGCCAACGGCCAGGGCGGCGCCAACAACAACGGCCAAGGGGGCGGCCAGGGGGGCGGCGGCGCUGGCGGUUCGGACGGAAACCUCGGCCCGGGCGAGCUGAUGCUGCUGGAACGACCCAAGUCGCUGUCGUCGCAGUUCAGAAUGCGCGCCACCACGUGCACCACCAACACCGUGACCACCCUGUUCCCGAUGCACCCGUGCGUGGUGACCGGACCGUACCAGGAAAACGGAGCCGCCGGAUGAGACGGGCAGAACGCCGGCGGCGGCAGCGACCCUGCGUUCCACGCUGCCCCGGCUUGAGAAGAAAUAUUAGAGAAAAAAUGAUGAUACUCUCUCCUGCCAUCUUAUUUUUUUGCGACAGUAAGUGUGGCCUUUCAAACAAAAGCGGAAUUCAUUUCUAAAGAAGUUAUUUUUCAAAUCGCUGGUGACUCAGUGGCGUAAUUUUAUACGAGCAUAUGACAAAAUACUGAAUUCAUACAAAGAGCAAUUUCUUUUCUAUCUUUUUUAGAAACGAACGUGCGUACAAUACGUUUUAAUGUACUGCUAAACAAUUUUUAAAUACAAAAAACACACACCCUCGCGGCGGCGGCUUUCCUUGCUGAAAAGUAAUUGUUUUGUGCCACUUUUUUACUUUGUAUAAUGUUUGAUCAGCCCUUUUGACGGCAGCUCAUGAUGGUGCAAAUGUGCAUUUAACGUGUAGUGAGUUUGAAUGACGCGUGUAAUUGUUAUCUUUUUAAAAAAGACGGUGGACCCAGGUUACCAAAACCUGCCUAUUGAAUCAUCAUCACUCGCGCCUCUACCUGCAGUAGACUUGAAGUCCAUUGUGAAUGAUCUCACUUCACACUGAUUGCAGACCCACCCCCCUCUAUCUCUCUCUCACACCCCCGAACAAACACAACACGUCAUAUCAGCAGAAGCUAAAUGUAUACUUUUGAAAAAAGCGUACGCUUCCCUCCCUGCCGUUUUAAUUGUUCCCCUGCACAAAUUUUUCCUAUUACAAAAGGAGAAAUUCCAGUUCAAAUUGAGCAUAAUUAUAUUUCUUUUUUGUUUCCAUCGAGAGGUUGCAUACUUCUGCAUUUUGAGUAACUUUUGCACUAGUCUGCUGGUAUCAAAUUUUGUUGAAUUCUGAUCUCAGUAUAUUGUUUUGAGUUCCUUUUGUAAAAGGAAGUUGUCGAGUAUCUCAAUCCCACCUAUAUAAUUUGACCAAUCGUGUGUGAAUUAACUAACCAACUAACAGACGCUCAAUUACAACUCUAAAAGACUUUGUUGAAUAAACGACGACUUCGAAUCGAUCACUAAAAAGUAAUUAAUACUUUAUUAUUGCAAUUAGGCUCAACCCGCGUUGCUCUUUUGUUGCUCCUUCCUCACGAGAACACGAGAAGGGUCCUUUGUAUUGUUUUGUUUGUGUUUGUAGAAAUCAACACGUGCGUCAAAUUUUAGCUUUAAUCGUGUACACAGCUGCGAAUGAAUUCCUUUAAGUGACUAUAGAAUCCUACUUAGCGUCUAAUUUAUUUAUUACGAUUCCAUUCCCACGCCCCCAAAUACAAACGCAAACGCACCGCCUGACGGCGAGCCACUUGUACAUAGUUCGCUCUCAUAAUUGGUUAGUUUUCGUGUCUUGUGACAAGUGUCUGUGUGUAAUUUAUCGCGUACCAUUAGUUGAUUAUCCUUUUUAUCGAGAAUAAUGAAUGCACUCUAUAUGAAACAAAAAUUCUAUUGCUCUAUAUUAAGAUAUAGUAAUUACGUGGUAACUUUGAACUACCUUACCAACAGAACUGAUUUUUGAAUGAUGAUGACGAAAACAUCAAAAUGUACCCCUUCAAAAAGAUUGUACCAACCCCCUCUGCCCUGAUCGUACCCCUGCUGACGAUGUGGAAAUACAAAUUAAUACUGUAAUAGCCCGACGCGAGAUGAACGUAGUAGUGCUCACUCAAAAGUAAUUGAGAGGAAAGAUAUGAUAAUUAUUUUUUUGAACAAGUUGACGAGAUGAAAAUUCAAUUAUUGUACAUGUUGACGAAUAAUUAUGAUGGAAACCAAAAGCAAUUUAAAACGUGUGGGUGAUGAAAAAUGAUAUAAAGUUUUUAUUUUUCUCGAGAUCACAAAAUGGAAAUAAAUCUGUCCCGCUUGAGCAUUAUAUUAAAGUACGAGAACAGAGAUGAGACGAACUUGAAUGGAGGAUUUUGGUAGUAUGUAACAAUGUAAUAAUAUAAAGUGCCAAUAACCCAAAUGUAAGUUACUCCGCCCCGAGCCCCGCUCCUCCCCGCAGCGUAAAUGUUUUAGCAGACUAGUUAUUUAUUAUAAACACACACACACACACUCACACACACCUACAACAGCAGUUAAAAAGUGUUUGUCUGCCUUCAAUCGAAAGAGAGAACGAAAGAACGUGCAAGUUGCCCUGCCCCCACCAGCAGUCAUCAUCCAUUUUAAACUUUUCCAAUGAUCUUCCCUUUUCAUGAGAUAAAAGUAUGCUUAAUUAUUUCUCAAAAUAAAAGACAUUAAAUUAAUUGGAAAGAUAAAAACUUAUGGACACGUCUUGUGAAAGUUACAAAGCUGGCAUUAAAUUCAUAAAUGAAUGGAGCGAGUAGUUUUGAAAAUAGUACAACUCUUUUAGAGAAAUUAAUCUCUUGACUUGGGCACGAGAUGCUGACGCGAUUACUUAUGAUAUAUGCAAAAGAAGAGUAAAAAUUAAAAUAGUAAAAUGAUGACGUGAAAAACAAGUAUAUAUUCCCUUGAUAUAAUAUUGAAUGUAUAUAUAUUUUUGACACUCAAGUUGACAAAUUGAAUAAUACUGCUACACUGAUGAUAUUAUCAAAUGACGAAAACAAAAAGAAUAACUAUGGCAAUUAUCCCAUUUGUAUUGUUCGCAAAGAGUAAAGAAUCUAAACUUAGAGAUUAUUAAACUGAAAAGCAAAGUUAGAGCCGAAAAAUCAUUCAUUUCUGGCACGCAUUUUUCGCAUUUUGAAACAAACUUAAUAAAUGAGAGAACGUUCAGAUUGUCGAGCACGACGAAGCCAUACUUUUGAUGCAACAGUCAUUUUUGCUGUUUAUUAUUUGACACUUCCAUUUCGAAUGUUGAUGAGUUUUUUGAUGUUCGGUUGAUUGUACACCAAUGAAACGGAUUUGAAUAGUACAUACAUAUUGAGGUAGUAUUUUAGGACUAUUAUACAAUAUUGUAGUCGGUAAGGAAGCAUAGCUGUAACUGUUUUAUGUGAAUAUAGCAUCAACUUUGUGAAUAAAUAA